AUGGGUGCGUCUGCCACGCGCUUCAUUCGUCGCGUAGCGUCUGCACCAAAUGCAAAGCAUCUUUUUUCUUCGGGUAGUCGGUCAUCAGCGCCCACGAAGAAUGGACUAUUAGCACCUGCAGAUAUGAUUCCACCAGUACCUGGUGCAUCCUCUACGUCAUCUGAUCACGGUGAUGAUUCAUUGGAGACUUUGUCGUCUGGUUCUUCAAGAGGGAGAUCCAACCGGAACGAACGAUAUCCACAUUUAACAAAGACUAGAAUUGUGAAUGGGGCACAUGAUGGUCCUGGAAAAAUGGCUUUCAGACGGACAUACUCUAGUAAUUCAAUCAAAGUUCGACAGGUCGAGGUCGGCCCAUCAAGCUUCUUGAAAAUUAAAAUGCUUGGAAAGGGCGAUGUCGGACGUGUGUACCUUGUGCGAGAAAAGAAGACUGACAAGCUUUUCGCUAUGAAAGUCCUAUCCAAAAAGGAGAUGAUCGAACGAAAAAAGAUAAAACGUGCUUUGACCGAGCAAGAGAUUCUAGCUACUUCAAAUCACCCUUUCAUCGUCACACUCUAUCAUUCCUUCCAGUCCGAAGAGUACCUCUACUUUUGUAUGGAGUACUGCAUGGGUGGCGAGUUUUUCCGCGCGUUACAAACUCGUCCGGGAAAAUGCCUUCCGGAAGAUGGUUCACGAUUUUACGCGGCGGAGGUUGUGGCGGCUUUGGAGUACCUUCACUUAAAUGGCUUCAUAUACCGCGAUCUCAAGCCAGAAAAUAUUCUCCUCCAUCACUCCGGCCACAUUAUGCUCUCGGAUUUCGAUCUCGCUAAACAAUCUGGACAUCCUGGCGGCCGUCCUGCGACGAUUCACCAGCUAGGUCCAAACGGGAUACCUAUGAUAGAUACCAUGUCAUGUACAGCGGAUUUUCGGACCAACUCGUUUGUCGGUACCGAGGAAUACAUUGCUCCAGAGGUGAUAGCUGCCCAGGGUCACACCGCUGCGGUGGAUUGGUGGACGCUUGGUAUCUUGAUAUACGAAAUGAUUUUCGCCACCACGCCCUUCAAGGGAAAAGAGAGGAACGAUACUUUUUCCAACAUCCGGUCUCUGCCAGUUCAUUUCCGGGACGCUCCUAAAAUUACGAGCGCUUGCAAGGAUAUUGUCAUUCGGCUGCUCGACAAAGAUGAACGAACUAGGUUUGGUAGCAGGAGUGGAGCUAGUGAAGUUAAGCAGCAUAAAUGGUUUGCCAAAAUGAACUGGGGUUUGUUGCGUCAUCAGCGGCCACCGAUCAUUCCAUCAUCCUCUAACGGUCUUGAUGCGGUGAACUUCCGGCACUUGAAGGAGUCACGCUCGCUUCAUCUAGAGGAGCAAAUGCGGGGGGUAGCAGGUGCGAACGUACCGGCGGGCCCUGGGACACCGGGAUGCGAUGAUGGGAUGGAUGUUCCAGCUGAUGGAGAUUUGUUCGGCGCGUUCAACAGCGUCACGCUACAUUAUGAUGGGGAAAGUUGA